GUUCGUUCCGUCAAAAACAAAGUUAAUGGCUACACCUCUGCUCAGGUUAUGGUCAGAAAUGCCACUACAAAUGAGCUCAAUGGUCCCAGUACAACUGAAAUGCAGGACAUAUCACAACGCUCUUAUGGCUCUGAGUUUCACGAACUAAUGGAUAUGAUUGAUAGGAGACUAAACGAUAAGGGCAAAAACUGGAGACACGUAGCCAAGGCCUUAACUUUAUUAGACUAUUUGGUUCGUUAUGGUUCUGAAAAUGUGGUACUAUGGUCAAGGGAAAAUCUAUAUAUCAUCAAAACUCUAAGAGAGUUUACUUAUACUGACGAUACAGGUUACGAUCAAGGUGGCAUCAUCAGAACAAAAGCUAAAGAAUUGGUGUCUCUCCUCAAGGAUAACGAUAGAUUGAAACUUGAAAGAAGAGAACGUUCCCAAAACAGUCCACAAAGAGACUUGUUCAACUUGGACUACAACAGCGAUAGUAACAACAGAAACAACAGAAUAAAUUACCCAACCGACGUUGAUGCUGACUUGCAAAGAGCCAUUGAACAAAGUAGAUUAACUGCUGAAGAAGAUGAACUAAAAAGAAGAAAUAAAUCUGUAAACGAUGAAGAUCUAGAAGAGGCUCUCAGAUUGUCAAAAGAAGAACAAGAACUUAAACAAUUGAAAGAACAAAAACAACAAAACUUAUUAGACCUAGAUGAUGAGGAAAAUAACAAUCAGCAAAGCAAUCUCUUUAUUAACCCUCAAACUACUUACCAACUAGGUUAUAUCCCUCAGCAACAGCAGCAAUAUCUUGAACUUGAUAUGUUUGGAAAUCCAAUCGUAUACGGCCAACAAAAUCCAAUGCAAACAGGUUACUUGCAAAAUGCCUACUCAUCAAAUGAUGUAAACUUCUUCAAUCAGCAACAACAGCAACUACUCCAACAACAACAACAACAGCAACUACUUCAACAACAGCAACAACAACUACAGCAACAACUACAGCAACAACAACUACAGCAACAAUUUUUACUAUCACAAAACACUCAACAACAACAGCAACAGCAACGACAGGAAACUCAACCACAGUCUUUAGCUGAUUUACAAUAUGAACAACAACGUUUGCAACAAUUUCAAAAUCAACAACCUCAAGCUCAAUUACCUCAACAACCUCAACAACCUCAACAACCUCUAACACAAACUCUUACUGGUCAACAAAAAUUCAACUUAAAACACGCAGAAUUAAAUUCUCUUUUAGCCUCGGGAACCGGAAUUGACACCUUUGGUAACGAAGGUGAAACAAGAAUACCUGCCCAACACACUAAAACAACCCGAUUUAUAAAUAGUUCGGGUACUGGUUAUAAACAGGAAUCAAAUACCAACUCAAAUCCUUUUUUUGCUAAUCAAUAUCCUGGAAUGCCAACUAAUAUUGUACCAUCAUAUACUGGCUUUGGUUUUGGUAAUUCUCAACCGCAACAA